AUGAAUAAUUCAUGAGGUGAUCGUUCACAGUUGGCGCGCGUCCCCGCUGCUGUGAAUCAAGAUGGCGGCCGCCGCCGGAUCAGGCGUGAAAGUCCCCCGUAACUUCCGGCUGCUGGAGGAGCUUGAGGAGGGUCAGAAGGGUGUUGGAGAUGGGACGGUGAGCUGGGGUUUGGAAGACGAUGAGGACAUGACCCUCACACGCUGGAGAGGAAUGAUCAUAGGACCCCCUAGGACCAUCUAUGAGAACAGGAUGUACAGCCUAAGAGUUGAAUGUGGACCAAGAUAUCCAGAAACGCCACCUUUUGUUCGUUUUGUGACGAAGAUCAACUUGAAUGGAGUGCAUAACUCAAAUGGUGUGGUUGACAUGCGAGCUGUAUCCUCGCUGGCCAAGUGGCAGAAUUCAUACAGCAUCCGUGUGGUCCUGCAGGAGCUGCGACGACUCAUGAUGUGCAAAGAAAACAUGAAGCUGCCGCAGCCUCCCGAAGGACAGAUCUACAGCAACUGAGCUUUCAUCUUCUCCUUCUCCUUCAUCUUCUCUACCUUCAUCCAGAAAGCAUUCCUUCUCCUCCUUUUUUCUGGACUCAUGAGAUAUCCUCUCUGAUCUCCUCUCUGUUCCUGACCACUCCCCAUGCGCUGCAGCAACCAAUGAGCAGCCCUGCUUCAGGAGCUCCCAUUGGACAGAAACGAUGGAUGUAGUGGUGUGCACAGCAGAAUACUGUACAUCAUUCUAAUCUUUUUUUAAAUGUUUAUUUGUUAUACAUGCAAAUUGUAAAAAUAACAAAUGAUCUUAUUGAGUGUAAUCUGUGUGCCCUCAUUUGAGAAAAGUGUUGAGUGGAAAAUUGCGCUACCAUGUUAACAUGCUGUGUGGUGGGAAUAAGAUAUCACUUUCCUUCUUUUUUUUAGCCUUCGAGUCAACUGUUUUGACUGUUUAAUCCAAGGCUUCUGGCCUGACCAGUCAAGACUGAGUCUUAAAUCGUGUCUCAUUGCUUCCUUCAGUCUCUCAGCUUUAGGUCACUUCAAUUUGUUAAAAUUUAAAAGCAAAAUAAUAACACAAGCUCAAUAAUAGAAAAAUGUUUACAACAGCAAAGAUGAAGUGUGCAACUUGUAUUUUAUGUUGUAUUCUAUCCCAUCUUAAUAUGCAGAGAAAACAAUAAGACAGAUGUUUGUAGGUU